GUCCAUUUUUGAGGUAUUUAUACGUAGGGGUGAUCAUACAGGGACUGCCGCACAGCAGUCAGUCGAGACUAACCUCCGUAUCUCGGUAUCAGUGACUGCUGGGGAUAAGAAUACGAGCACAGCCGCCGCAUCUUCACUUUUAGUCCACUCCACCACCACAGCAUUAUUGGUACACCUUCACGUUAUGGAAAGACGCCUUAUUCUACAGGACGAUCUUUCGGAUGGCUAUACCUCCGAAAAUGCCAUUAUUAGGGAUCUCGAGCUCUCGGAGAACUAUUCAGAGGAUCUGAAUACCCUUUCUCCUGUAAGAACGACAAAAAGGUCGCCUACACCCAUUAUUGUACGACGCAAAGGCAGACGGAGCAAGGUCCCUAUAGACGAUAGUUUCGUUGAGAUCAAGGUUCAGGCCGUUGUGGAUCUAUUGAAGGCUUCACCAUUUUUGAAGGACCAUUCCCUCGAACCAACGAUAGGAAGUAAUGAUGGCAUCAAACUUCUUGGUGGAUGUAUGCCAUCUUACCUUUUUACGCAUCCAAGAGUCACCUCCAAGUCAGUGUAUUGGGUCCUUAUUGACGAUGUCCGAAUGAAAUGUCGAAUUUGUGGCUCAGUCAAGAGUACUCAAGAACGCGCG